AUGUCUUCCCACCCACCUCAAACUCUACUCAAAGCUCUCCUCAAAACUACUACCGACGAUAUCAUCCCCCUUACAGCUCCCGCCGUCGCAGCUGGCUGCAAAGUGUUUGGCGCUGCCGUACUGCGUAGGGAUGACCUUAGCUUGGUGAUUGCGGGGACCAAUCAAGAGACAGAGUCGCCUUUGCUUCAUGGAGAAAUCUCGUGUAUCCAAAACUUUUAUGCACUCCCAAAAGCCAAGCGACCAGAUGCGAAAGACUGUGUGUUCUUUGCGACACAUGAGCCUUGUUCUUUAUGUCUAUCAGGGAUAACGUGGUCCGGAUUCGACAACAUCCAUUUCCUUUUCACCUAUGAAGACACCAGAGACGCGUUCAGCAUUCCGCACGACAUCAAAAUCCUGGAAGAAGUUUUCCGGGUCCCCUCCCUCUCUCCCCACGAAGAUUCCUCCCAGCUCGCCCAGCGUCCAUUGUACAACAAAACGAACCAUUUCUUCUCCGCCUUUUCCAUCGCCGACCUCAUUGCCGACGUUCCACAAGGGGAAAGAGCCGAGUGGGAGGCGAAGGUGAAAGCGGUCCGGGAUCAGUAUAAUGCUUUGAGUAGCGUAUAUCAGGAAGGAAAGGGUGGGGACGGGAUUCCUCUAGCUUGA